UCCGUGAUCGCCCUCGCCAGACCGGUGCCGCCCCUUCCUAACCGCCUCGUUCCUCGCCGCGCCGGCGCUCGCUUCGCCAGUUAGCGACAGAGGAAGGGAGUGGCGACGAUGUCUUCGUGGGAGGACGAGGACUCUGCCGCCGCGUCGGCCGCGGCGACCACGGACGUAGAGCUCCUGAAGCGGGCCUGGCGCAACGAGAAGGCCGCGCCGGAGAUCCUCCACUUCGACUCCGCCCUCGUCUCCCGCGCCCGCGAGCAGAUCCAGCUCCUCGAGGAGACGCUCGAUGACUUCACGGAUAACGGCGUCGACGACCUGGUGGUCUCGCUGUACCAGAUGGACCUCGACCGCACGCUCUUCCUGCUCCGCUCCUACCUACGCCUCCGCCUGCAGAAGAUUGAGAAGUACAUGGCCCACAUCUCCAAUUCUGACGACCUCUUGAGCCGGCUGUCGCAGCAGGAGCAGCGAUUCGCCAAGAGCUGCAAGGAGAUCAUGGAGAAGCAUCUCGAGCAGUCGGUGCUGUCGAAGCUUCCCUACGGUUAUGACUCGGUAACGAGGCAAUCCUUAUCGAGCACGGAGGAUGACAUGGUUCCAGAGCCUCAGCUUGACACCUUUGUCUUCUGCAAGACCAAGAGUGACGUAGGAGCAUUCCAGCUAGAUGACGUAGGGGAGGAAGUUGUGGAUCUGGUUGCUGAUGACCUGUAUGUCCUUCGGUACAAGUCCAUCAAGGGCCUUGUCGAGGCUGGCCGAAUUGACCUUAUUUGAUGUGAGCCAAGGCUUAAACAGAAGACAAAGGUGCCAGAAUCUUCUGAAUUCUAAACAGAAGACAAAGGUGCCAGAAUCUUCUGAAUUCCUUGUAAGGUACUCCCUCCGUCCCAUAAUAUAGGAGCGUUUUCGACACUAGUGUAAUGUGAAAAACGGUCUUAUAUUAUGGUACAGAGGGAGUAGAAAUGAAGUGGUUCUAAUAUGUGUACUCUAGAACGACCAGUGAUGAGAUUGGACUAUCUUUAUAUGUAUCAAUAUUUUUUGCUUUGUCUGAAUUGUCUCCAACUCAUGUUCUUCAAGAAUCAAGAUUGUUAUGUUGUUGAUAAGAA